AUGGCGGGCGGCGGUGGUUUCAACCUGCAGCAGUUGCUGGGAAACAUGGGCGGUGGAGGAGGCGGCAUGGGAGCGCCAGCGCCGGAAGUUGCAAAGGCGGAUACAAGCGAGCAGGUCUAUGUUAGCUCCCUCGCGCUGCUAAAAAUGCUUAGGCACGGACGAGCAGGAAUACCUAUGGAGGUAUGGUUUUCGUAGAACGAAAAACAUUAACAUCUUGAUUAGAGCAACAGCUGAACAAACUGAAGUUCCUUUCCUUCAAUAGAUCGAUAAAAAACAAAAUUUGUGGUCACGCAAUUACAUCGUCUCAUGAUCCACCGAACUACCUGCAUUCCCUUUCAGGUUAUGGGCCUAAUGCUGGGGGAAUUCGUAGACGACUACACAGUAAAAAUAGUCGACGUUUUUUCAAUGCCGCAGUCCGGUAAUAGCGUUACAGUAGAAGCUGUUGAUCCUGUUUUCCAGACGAAGAUGUUGGAUAUGCUGAAACAAACCGGGAGACAAGAGAUGGUACCACGGCACUUUUAUGAAAAUGUACACCACUUUAGUAACCCUAGGAAAUAAGUGAUUCCUUGAAUAAGGUUUUCAGUUUUACCAGCUGCGCGUCCGGGUUCUUGUGUAAUCGGUCUUACAACUAAGCAAUGCGUCUCAUGCACUAGAUGGCGUCCUCCUCCUUCGGUCCUUAUAAAUAUAUAGCCACUGAUUCAUAUAUCGCAACGAACCCCACAACCGAUUUUGUCAGGUUGUCGGUUGGUACCACUCUCACCCUGGUUUCGGUUGUUGGUUUUCCGGUACGGAUAUAAAUACACAGCAGAGUUUCGAACAGCUAAACGCGCGAGCAGUCGGCAUCGUCGUCGAUCCAGUUCAGUCAGUUAGGGGAAAGGUACGAAAAAACUUAACUUCAGAAGUGAAAGGCUCAGCUGUCUAUUCUUUUCCACAAGAGCUACCUGUUUUGUUGAAUGUUCGAUGUUAUGCAUGGUGCGCGUGACGCGUCAGUUGUCGUGUUGAUAAUUGCUUCACGGACUUUUCCCUCAACAUCAAAAUUAUAGGUUGUAAUCGAUUGCUUCCGACUGAUAAAUCCGCAGCUCCUAAUGCUGGGACAAGAGCCGCGACAGACGACUAGCAACGUUGGUAAAACUACUUUUGAACAUUAUUUCAAAUUGUUUGACAUGAAAAUUAUGUUUUGAAUGGUAACUACCUGCUGUGGUGUACGGAACACAGACACACUCAUCCUUCUAAUUUGAGGCUUUGAUAAUGUUCCGGUAAAAACACAAAAAUGGCCGUGCAAGGAACACCUUUUUGUUUUCGUUUCAACCUCGCUAUCCCAGGUCAUUUGAACAAGCCGUCUAUCAGUGCAAUAAUACACGGCUUGAACCGACACUAUUACAGUCUGGCUAUAAACUACAAAAAGAAUGAGUUAGAGCAAAAAAUGUUGCUGCAGAUAGGAAAGCAGGAUUGGACAACGGGGCUGCGUGUGGAGUACUUAAUUUGUUUCUUCUUGUUAAACUCGGCUUUUCUUUGAACAUCAUGAAAAAUGGUUAUGGUAUCUGUAUCAUAACGACCACGAAAGGAACGAACUUCACCUCAAAACAAUACCAUGCUGUAGCUCAGUGGCCCUAAUUCAGUAUCCAUUUUUCAUUGUAACUUUCCUCGUUCGCGCAGUAGUCAUUUUUCCAGAAAAAUAUCGCAGGAAAUUCACGGACCAGCACGACCGCACUGAUAAGAGCCUAGAGGAGACCGCGAAGCUCACGAAGGCAUACAAUGAGGCAAUUUUGGACGAGAUUAGCCUAACUGCAACCCAAAUCGCAGUAAAAAGUGUAGGAAAAGUAGACGCCAAGAAGCGAUUAGAAUUGGAAUCCGAAUCCCUCGUAGCAACGAACGUCCUUGAAAUCCUCGGCACUAUGUUGGGAACCCUCGUUUUCUAGUCGCGUUGUCCUUUGCUCAUGUUGCAGGUAGUGGCGGCUGAUGCGAAUCAAAAAAAGUGAUUGGGUAAAGAAUUGUGCGAGUUAGUUUUCCUGAAUUUUUACUCGUACUUCAACAUGAUCAACAUGAUCAACUUCGACUUCUUGUUCCCUUACAACAUCAACUUACGCGCACCUGCUACGCGAGCGAAAACUGUACGGCGCACUACCCUCUUCUAACCGAAUUCUCAGCGGCCACUACACGACGACAACCCCGUAACAUAGUACCUGCUCACCCCUCAUCAAGCAGGCUCUGUGAAAGACGCCAAACGUGCGUCUUCUCCCUUUGAAGUAGCCUUUGACGCAUGAAUGAUAUCAAUACGCAAUACCCUGGUGAUGUAAAUCCUUCAUUUUUUUUAACACAGAAACUAACAAACACAAAUAACCCAGCA